AUGUCCCUCGCAACAGCCCACAUCCGCAUCGCCCGCCCAACCAACAACCUCUCCUCCCUCACCCACUUCUACCAAACCGGCCUCGGCUUCACCCCCCUCGGCGCCUUCCAAGACCACGCCGGCUUCUCCGGCAUCGUCCUGGGCCACCCAACCCUCGCAGCCUACCAACUCGAGUUCACGCACCACCAGACAGGCGCUCCCGUGGGGCGUGCGCCGACGCAGGAUAACCUGCUGGUUUUUUAUUUACCGGAUGGGGAAGAGUUUGCGCGGGCUACGAGGCGGAUGGAGGAGGAGGCGGGGUUGGAGCCGGUGAAGAGUUAUAAUCCGUAUUGGGAUGGGGUCGGGAGGACGUAUGAGGAUCCGGAUGGGUGGAGGGUGGUGUUGGCGAAUAUGAAGGCGCCGUUUGUGGGGGGGAGGGCUUGA